AUGGCGACUUUAGCAGGACCUAGUUUUGCCGCUUACACAUUCGGCGGAGCUGGUGGAAACCAAACCGUCGUGGACAAGGUACCAGCUGAUAUGCUCCACAUGAUCGAUCCUCACUGGUAUCAGUUUCCACCAAUGAACCCAUUGUGGCACGGAAUUCUCGGUUUCGUCAUCGGCUGCCUUGGUUUCGUAUCAAUUGUCGGUAAUGGAAUGGUCAUCUACAUCUUCUCCUCGACGAAAUCACUCAGAACACCGAGCAAUCUCCUGGUUGUCAACCUCGCAUUCUCGGAUUUCGCCAUGAUGGCCUGCAUGGCACCACCGAUGGUGAUAAACUGCUACUACGAGACGUGGGUUUUCGGUCCACUAAUGUGCGAGCUGUACGCCUGUGCCGGUUCUCUCUUCGGAUGUGGCUCCAUUUGGUCAAUGACUAUGAUUGCAUUUGACAGAUACAACGUAAUUGUUAAGGGACUUGCAGGCAAACCCAUGACCAUCAACGGAGCACUCCUCCGAAUCCUUGGAAUCUGGGUGUUCUCACUUGCAUGGACGAUCGCACCCUUCUUCGGAUGGAAUCGAUACGUUCCCGAGGGCAACAUGACAGCCUGCGGUACUGACUAUCUCAACAAGGACUGGCUGUCACGCUCCUACAUCCUGGUUUACAGCAUCUUCGUGUACUACUCGCCACUUCUCCUGAUCAUCUACUCUUACUACUUCAUCAUCCAGGCUGUCUCAGCCCACGAGAAGAACAUGCGAGAGCAGGCGAAGAAGAUGAACGUCGCCUCCCUGAGAUCAGCUGAGAAUCAGGCACAGAGUGCUGAAUGUAAAUUGGCGAAGGUCGCCCUCAUGACGAUCUCCCUGUGGUUCAUGGCAUGGACCCCAUACCUCGUCAUCAACUACGCCGGUGUCUUUGAGAGCGCCAAGAUCAGCCCCCUGUUCACCAUCUGGGGAUCAGUCUUCGCCAAGGCCAAUGCUGUCUACAAUCCAAUUGUCUACGGCAUCAGCCACCCUAAAUACCGUGCAGCCCUCUUCCAGCGAUUCCCAUCACUGGCCUGUGGUGGCAAUGAGUCAUCCGGAAGUGACGCCACAUCGACCACAACAACCGUCACCGAAGGCGAAAAGGCCUCCGCAUAAAUAUCGAUUUUGCACGAUUCCAAGGAUCGCAAUCGAGAUACGUUCAACUGAAUCUCGAAUAUCUAAACACAUCGUCUUCACAUCAGGACAUGCAAAUACCUAACAAUUGCUCACUCAUACGCAGAGGCUCAUAUUGAAUCUUCUAACGAGUUUCGGUGUCUCUCGACUCACGUCACAUUGAAAUUUACACUCGAUAAUUACACAUCAGUGUCAUCUUCUGGUACCUUAAAAUUUUGACAUCGUUUGGGGGUGACAAUGGAGACACCGAAGGGUGGAAAAUCCCACCCAAUUCAACUGCGGUAUCAAGGCCAUCAGGAAAACACUCUAGGAGAGAAAAAUGGUUGACUCCAUCGAUUUUCAAGUUCUGGAAUUAUUUUGCACCACAAUUUGAUUCAAUUGUUAUUUGACAAUCAGAUGGAACGUUAUUUUUUUCCCUCUUGAUACUGAAAUGCGUGUGGAAAAUAGCAGUCCAUUGGAUUGGCACCAUCGUUGUAUCUGUCUUGAAUUUUGUAAUAUUAAAUCAACCCUUGAAGCAACAA